AUGGAAACGMGUUCGAAGAGUGAAAGGAACAAGGCCAUGAAGGAACAAUCUGAUUUAMUUGAUAUGGGACUGGAUUCACAUGAUAAUGAGGGCUGCCUUGAUUUUGAACAAACUAUUACUUCAACAUUAGAGGAGGUGCAAGCAUUUAUUCACAAUGCAAAGGAAGAAACAAAGGAGUUGAAAGGACAAUUUGAUAACUUGUUUUCUGUGAUCGAAAGUCAAAAGCAACUGGUCAGCCGAAUGAAUACCAUGCAUGCUGAGAAAAUUAGAGAACUGGAGUCACGUUUGUCAAAGGUUGAACAAUUUAUGUAUAAUCAUGGUAAAGACUACGAGAGUCAGACGCAAUUGCUCAAUCAUAUUGACAUUAAAUUAAAUCAAGUGAAUGACGCACUCGAUAGGGUGAAUGGUAUGGAAGAAAAGCUCAAGUUGAAAGCUUCAGAGCCGGAAAGGAAACCAUCUAGAAGUAGUUUAAAGCCUGUGCAAAUGCCACCCUUAUAUGAUGGUUCAACACCAUGGGAAGCUUUUAAAGUCCAAUUUGAGAUCAUUGCAGAAAUAAAUGGCUGGAAUACUGAUGAAAAGGCAGCGUUUUUGGCGGCAAGUUUAAAGGGAAAUGCCACCAUGGUGUUAAGCAAUCUUCAAGAAGUGAAUAGAAGAAAUUAUGAUUCACUGGCCAAAGCUUUAUCAAAUCGUUUCGGUGCGUCACACCAAUCGGAGUUGGCUCGUGCCAAGUUUAAAACACGUGUAAAGAGGAGAGAUGAAUCGUACCCAGAGCUGGUGUCGGAUUUAGAGAGGCUGGUCAAACUGGCAUAUCCUGGUGCGGAAGCUGAACUGCAGGACACGUUGGCCAAGGAUCAGUUUAUUGAUGCGAUCCCGGAUGAGGAAACAAGAAUUAAAGUACGUCAGGGUCGACCGAAAAACAUUCAAGGGGCUCU